AUGCAAGAGGAAAUCGAAUCGAACAAUACGUUUCUAUUACCAAUUGACAGUCAAGAUCACUUCGAUUUAUUUGUUGAAAUAACUUCAACGCCGAAAACAAAAUUCAUUCAACCAACUGCAUCAACGCCGAUAAAAAAAGCAUGUUCAUCAUCAUCAUCUCAUAGUAAUAAUAAUAAUAAGCAUCAUAAUAUGAACAAUAAUACUCGUACGUCUAUAAGACCUCGGCUGACUUUGAAGCGCACUUAUUGUAAGAGCGCCAUUUUUUUCCGACAAUUAAAACGAACAUUUUUAUAA